AUGCGUGAAUCAAUUAUUGUCAAAAAAGAAGCCUCAGUGGAACCUGAUGAUGAGCCAAAAUAUCCAGAAUUCAGCGUUAGAUUUGAUGACUGGUUUAAGAAAGAUGAUGUUUGUUCUGCUUCCAACCAACACGUUGAAUACGAGGAGGAAACCCAAAAUCACGACAUGUCAGAUACUAAUGAAGGCAUUCUGAAUGGACAUGGUUCGUCUGCUUUCAACAGCAAUGUCCACAGCAACGUUAAGCAGGAGGAUUUUGCAAAACCCCAAGUCGAUUUACACGGUAGGUUUGCUACUCUCUGCACUGUAACAAAUAAAUUAACUCUCAUUGGAGUGAGCAUCGCAAGGCAAUUCAGUGUGCACAAAGAACUAGAGCCAGUUGUUGAUGAUCCCAACUUUUAUUGUCGUUCAUGCGGCUGUGUCUACAGAAGCAAGUAUUUAUAUCGACAGCAUUUGAGACGCACUCACAAAAUGAAACUGAAAUCAUUGUCUUCACCAAAGAACCCUGACAUUUUACCUGACUGGGAUGAUCCAAAUCUUUACUGCAAAUCUUGCAAUCGUACAUACAAAUCAAUAGGCAUAUACAGAGGACAUUGCAGAAACGUUCACAAGAUGGAUACACACAAAAAACCAGCAAAAGUCCCAGCUGUCUACGACCCAAACAACUGCUGCACAAUAUGCAAUAUUACUUACAAGACAAGAGACAGAUACAAAGUGCAUUGUAUUGUUAAGCACAAGGUCAAGCAUGUAAAGGUGUUUGCCAAUCCAGAAGCUACACCAGACCCAGAAAACCCCAAUAACUACUGCAUUCAAUGCGAUAAGACCUUAUAUGACCGUCAUUCUUUCAAAAUCCACCUUUUUCUCAUCCACAAGAUCGCUCUUGCACCAGUAUCAAACGUCAACAACGAUAUCAGGCCAGACAUCAAUGACCCCAACUUUUAUUGUCAAUCUUGCGAUAAAACCAUGCGGUCAAAACGAGGUUACCAACUUCAUUUGACAAGAAUACACUGCAUAGCUCAACUGCCACGCAAAACGAGCACAACAAGCCCGGAUGUGGAUGACCCCAAUCAUUACUGCCGUGUAUGUCAACGAACAUAUCGCUCAAAGAAAACAUACCGUACCCAUGUCCAAGCAGUGCAUCGAAUGAUUUUACAGCCUCAAAAAGAUCGUAGUAGCCUUCCUGAUCCUCUCGACCCUAAUUUUCACUGUAGUGUAUGCAACAUUUCUCGCAAAACAUUACGAUUAUACCGCAGCCAUUGUAAACGGGUGCACAAGAUGACAUUAAACCGCUUCUCUGUAUCAAAUCCUAGCGCAACAAUUGAUAUCAACAGCCCUGAUUAUUAUUGCGCCCAGUGCGAGCAUCGCUAUUCUGGCAAACGUGCAUUUGGAUACCAUUUACACGCUGUCCACGAUAUAAAAGCCAACCUUUGA